GUUUUCAUUAAAGAGAGAAUUGUCAAAUGAAGCAGUCGUAAAAUAUUCUAGUUCCGUAAAUUUUUUCUAAAUAAUUUUUAAUAAUUCUUAUAAAAUUUAAAUGAAUUAACUAAUUAUAAACAUUCAAAACUACCUAAAAAGAAACACAGCAACAUGUUGUACUUAGAAGAUUAUUUAGAAAUGAUUGAGCAUUUGCCUCAGGAGUUGAGAGAUCGUUUUACCGAAAUGCGUGAAUUGGAUUUAUCAGUUCAAAACAGCAUGGAUUCUUUGGAGAAAAAGACCAGAACAUUUUUCGUACAGUGCAAACGUGGAGAUAUACAAGAAGAAGCUGCCGAUACAGACUUUCAAAACCUGCGUAAAGAAUAUUACAAAGUUUUAGAGGAUGCCGAUGAGAAGGUAACAAUUGCCACACAAAUACAUGAAUUAGUGGAACGGUAUUUGCGUCGCUUGGAUAGUGAAUUGUUUAAAUUCAAAUGUGAACUAGAGGCUGAUAAUAACGGCAUUACCGAAAUAUUAGAAAAACGUUCAUUGGAAAUGGAUGGCGGCAGCAGUGCUGCAACGGCUUUGCUAAGUGUGGCCGGUUUAAAUCAAAAGGAAAACAGAUACUAUGGCGGUCUUAGUGCUGCUGUGGCGCCUUCAGGCAGCAAUAGCCAUAGUGCUGUUAUUGGAGGCGCCACAGUCGGUAUGGGUAUGGGUGGUAUAACCGUGCCAGCUGCUCCUACGGGAGCAACAAAAGACAAUCGUUAUCGUGCUCCCAAACCCGAGAAGAGAAGAGACAGCACCUCAACUCUACAAAGUGCUGUCCCCGAAAAAAGAGCUAAUAUGGGAAACAGUUUACCACAGGCUGCACCUCCAGUAGCUGUAGUCAGACCUAUAACACCUGGCAUGGGAGCUGUACUAAACCCCGCCACAGCUACAGUAGGUACCCCAUCAACAGUGGCAUAUAAUCUACAACAAAUUGGCGGUUCAGCUUCUACGGCUAUAGCUGCUGCCGCAUCCCAGGCCAUAGUUGCUACCCAACAAAUGCAACAAGGUAGACGUACUGCUAGUUUGAAAGCAAGCUAUGAAGCCAUACAUGGCGCUGGAGGAGGACCCACAGAAUUUUGGAUUAGCCGUGAUUUAGCUAGUGCUGCUGCUGCCUCUGCUGCAGGUCUCACUGGCAACAGUUCGACCGAGAAAACCAAGAAGAAGUAUGCUCAAAAAAAACUAAACACCAAUCUUUCACAUGUUGUAGCCUCUACAAAUGUGGUCCCUGCAUCGACACCCUCAGCCUUGAGUCUGGCCUCUUCGUCAUCUUCGUUAAGUGUAGACUCGGUUGAUAUGCUAGCGGCCAAUACAGCCACUCUCAAUGUUCCUUCUUUAGUUGCAACCGGACAACAUGUCACAGCCUCCUCAUCUACAGGAGUUUCUGGUAUAGCUACCUCAAAUAGAGCUGCUCUAAAUGCGGCAACUGCUGUGAACACUGUGGCAAACUCUUCAACAUCUACGGCUCUUACGCCCGGCUCAAAUAUAACGCUUAAUGAAAACGGUAUGGUCGUUGAACAGACCCCCGAAGGUGAGUGGUCAUAUGAUCCUAAUGAGCCACGUUACUGUACUUGUAAUCAAGUGAGCUAUGGCGAUAUGGUGGCUUGUGAUAACGAUGCCUGCCCUUACGAGUGGUUCCAUUAUCCGUGCGUGGGCAUAACACAACCACCCAAAGGCAAGUGGUAUUGUCCCAAGUGUACAGCUUCAAUGCGUAGACGUGGUAAUCGGAAAAAUUAGUAUUAUUUAAAUAUAAAAUGAAUUACAUGAACAAAUUAAUAAUUAUUGUGAAUGAAAAAUAUAAAUAAAAACGUCAACAAGCAAGAAAAAUAA